AUGAAUGCUAGUGCCACAGAUGUGCUGCGUGGAUCAACUGUGACUCUCUCCUGCUUGAUAAACAGAAACAUAUUGGGCCGUGUACGGGACAUACAUGAAAUAGCCAUUUUUCAAAAUGGAUCAAAAGUAAACAGGAGUUAUGGCUAUUCCAUCAAUGCUCAUGUUUUAAUGCACACCUUUGGGAAGCAGACCUUUGAAUGUAAAUCUGCGGUACAAGAGCCAAGACUGCUCAUAUGUGGAAUUUACAUCAAUGUUGGAAUUCCUCCAGACCAGCCAAAAAAUGUGUCCUGCAUUCAGUAUGGGAAAAAUGGAACUCUGACUUGCACCUGGAAGGAAGGAAGUUAUACAUACUUUAAUACACUCUAUGAGCUACAGCUAACAAAUGGAACCACUAAUGACACACAGCUUUUGAGAAAGAUUUCUACAUCUGAUUCAGUGGAUCUUGCAGUGAAGCUGGAUUUUGAAUCCACUUAUACAGCUGUGGUUAUUGCCUCAAACAAGCUGGGAAAUGCUGUCUCCCUACCAUUUCAAUUCACAUUAUUUGACAUAGUGAAACCUCAUUCCCCACCGGAUAUCUCUGUGGAAUUUGAUAGCUUUGAUGGAAGAAAUUGCACUAUUUUCUGGCAAGAUCAACAAGACACUCAACUCUUCAGAAUAAGAUUCAGACCAAUUAACAGCAAUUCCUGGAUUAUGCUUGAAAAUAUAACUGCCAGAAGAUAUGACCUACAAGACCUGAAGCCAGACACAGAGUAUGAGUUCCUGGUGUCCUGCAGGUUCUUUCCCAACAAAGGCUUAUGGAGCGACUGGAGCAAGUCAUUGCAAAUAGAAGCAGCACCAUUUGGGCCACUUGAUAUCUGGUACUUGAAGGACAUGUCCUCCCAAACGGAGAAUAUUACUAUUUUUUGGAAGAAUACGAACCCAUCAGAAACAAGAGGGAAAAGCCAUCCUUGCAGAGUGACCUUUCAGGCCCUGAACCAGAAGCCUCACCAAGCAACAGAAACACAUUCUACAACACAGACCGUUUUCUCACGAGUCAUGCCUGUAUCAAACUACAGAAUCACAGUUUAUUACUACAACUCAAGAGGGAUCUUCCUACCUGUCUACAUCACUACUGACCUAGAAAUUUCAGAUUUGUUGCACCCUUCCAAUCUCUCUGCUGCAUCAGUGGGAAAUGGCAGAAUCUUUAUUGCAUGGGCAGCACCUCCUGUGCCGCCUUCGUUGAUUAACGAAUAUGUCGUGGGAUGGGCAGAGCCUCAUCAAGGCAGGCACUGGGAGACCCACCCAAACUGGCUCAAGAUUCCUGCAGCCAGCUGCACAAUAAUAAUUCUAGAGCUCCUAAAGCCUUAUGUGUGUUAUCAAAUCCAUGUGUUUGCACUUUAUGGGAACAGAGCAGAAAAAUCAAUUUCCACUACAGGAGCUGCAUCAGCAAAAGCUGCAUUAACUGGACCACAUAUUGAUACAACUGUAAGAGAUGGGAGCAUAUUGGUCUUCUGGACAGAAAUUCCAGAAGAGCAGCAAGUGGGCUGUAUUGUUAGCUACAAAAUAUAUGUACAGCAGAAAUCACCAAGUGUGGACACUGAAGUCUAUGACAUUCCUAAAGCAUCUACACAGCCAUUUUCCAUUAAAAACGUACAGGCUGGUGUUGCAUAUAUUUUAUGGAUGACAGCUUCCACCAAGGCUGGAGAGGGUCCUAAAGGGAAUGAAAGCCUUGCAUUUACCGAUGAACCUGGAUGGGCUCCUGUUGUAGUCCUUUGCAUUAUAGGCAUUUCCGUGGUGACCUGCUGCGCAGUGUAUGCAAGGCUACAGGGUUUCUCACUCUUUUCUGUUCACAUCCAUAGACAGUACAAUAAAGCUAUUCCAGAUCCUGCCAAUUCUUCAUGGGCUAAAAAAAUCACAUCUGUGGAGAAUGAGCUGAGUUCAUAUUCCAGCCAGUUCCUAAAUAAUCUAGACAACUUGGAAGAGCCUGAAACUCUACAAAUAAAAGAAGUCUUGAUAAAAAGACAGUCCCGUGGUUUUGAGGACGUGCUGUUCUCAGAAAGAAUAGAGACGAUGGAAAGCCACACAUGGCCAGCUGAGAGGUUCCAAGAAGAAAAUCCCACCAUGGACAAGUUAAACCACCACCUUUUGAUUAGUGACACGCUAGAUCAGCACCAGUUACUCUUCUUAUACAAGAAAGUUGCACCUGAAGAACCAAAUCAGGGCCAGGUAUUUUCUGACUACCUUGUCAACCCCCUUGAAGAUACAACGCUAGACUAUUUGCCUUCAACCAUUCUGCCCACCAUUACAAACACAGCAGAAGUCAGCAGUGAAGCAGAGUUCAAUUCAUUUAAUAUUUUCUCAAGAACUUUUCUGCCCCAGACAUUUUCUCUCGGUGGAAAGCUUACUCUAGAUGCCAUAAAAAUGGAUUGUAUCUUUCACAGAUUAAGCUGUCAAGAAUCCAUGUCAUCUUGCCUCCAUUCCUGCAGCCCAAAAAUAUUCUUGGUACAAAAACAUUUUAUUGAAAUUCAGCAAGGUGAAUAG